AUGAACAGUGACGUAGUUAAACCAUUAGUGGAACAAAUAAUAAACACGGAAAAUGAAAAUUUUAACGAUCAAGAUUAUACAGAGACGAAUGAUGAAAAGAAAUAUUGGAGUAAAAUAUUAAACUAUAAUUUAAGCAAGAUAAAACGCAGUGAGAAUAGUACUCAUGUCACUGGAAAGAAUUCUUGCAUUGAAACUGACUUUAAGCGUGAAAUGAAACGUUAUUAUGUUGGUUUAAAACAGAGUCUUGACAAGAUUGACCGAAAUCAAGAAGAAGUAGCGAUCAAAAUGAAUCGUUUAUACAAAGAAUCACGAGAACUAGCCAGAAGGAGUAGAAAUGAAAAGAAACAAAGUUUAAAGCUACAUCGGAGAAUUUCUUCCCAAUAUAAAAGUAAUGAUUUACCUCUGGAUAAAGUAGAAGAAGGAAAAGGUGAAGAUGAAACUGAAAAGGAAUUGAAUAGUCAUCCAAAUGAAAUAUCUGAGGUUGAUGUGGAAACAGUAAAGGAGCAAAUACCAUCACCGUGGUUACCAGUUAUUAAUCCAACUAAAUUUGUAUCCUUAACCUCACAUUUAAAUACAUCAUCUAAUACAAAAGCAGAAACUAAUGAUAAUGUGAAACCAGAUUUGGAUAAACCAGAUAUACCCAAAUGGCUUGAGAAAGUGAAAGAGGAGAUAAAGAACAGUGAAGAACAGGUACCAAUUCCUACUCUGAAAAUCGAUACAUCAGCUAGCGAAAGUAAAAACAGAUAUAACAAUUACAUCCGUACAAACAGAGAUACUCGUCGAAGUGUAAACUAUACAAUUAUAAGGCAUAGAGAAAGUCGAUUGUCUCAUUUGAAAGCAGCUCUAAGCGAAACACCAAUCGCCUAUUUAUGGAAAGAUAAUUCUGCAACUUCGAUAUCAUGCUUACGACAAGCCAAGCUGAUCUGUUCAAAAUAUAGAGAUUUUGAUUUACAAGCAAAACGUUGUAUUCCCGGCUCUGUUGGUGGUAUAUCAAGCGACUUCUUGGAAGCUGUCGCCUUGCCUAAACCUGCUUUGAUUCGAUUCCCACCGCCAACUAGCAUGCACAACUAUAGACGUAAGAAAAGGUUGGUUGUAGAAAGACAGCAAAUGCAACAGAGUUUGGGGAAAUUGAACGCAGUAAUCGAAGAUAUUAAGAAAGUUUUAGAAAGUCAGAAAUUAUUGGAAGCAUUGAAGUUCUUAUUAGCACCCAUAACAGAAAAUAAGGAUGAAAAUGGUACAACAAAAGCUCAGUAG